AUGGUCUCGAUUGCGCACCCACAUCCGCCGGUGACGGUGUACGGGUUUGAAGCGCCCGAUGGUUUCUUCGGUUAUCGCAAACGUCUGCCCUCAACCUCCGCAGACGUUGCUACUGUCAAACCGUUUGUGCCUCCGGCCACCAGGAAGAGGACUUCAGCCAGCUUCUCUGUCAGUGGCAGACGACCAACCUCGGCUGUUUUUUCAGACAAGACCCCGAACAGGUCGAAACCUGGCUCUAGGUCU